AGAAGAAUGAGAACGGUAAUUUUACCUGAUCAACUAGAUUAUCUUAACAAAAUGUUUAGAGAAGAUAGCAACCCAAGUCGCAAACAACUUCGGGCAAUUACAUCUGAAGUGGGAUUGAGCAAAAGAGUAGUUCAAGUUUGGUUUCAAAAUGCUAGAGCACGAGAAAGAAAA